GCACCGUUUGUGGGCGGGGCCGGCGCUGGCCCCUCCCCCGGCGCGGGCACGUCGGCGCGCGCGGUGGGUGUGACGCAGUUGCCCAUGGUAACCCCGGGCCGCGCCGAGGAUGGGUUUACUGUCAAUCCUACGCAAACUAAAAAGCACCCCAGACCAGGAGGUGAGAAUCCUCCUCUUGGGACUGGAUAAUGCAGGCAAGACCACACUCCUGAAACAGCUGGCAUCAGAGGACAUCAGCCACAUCACCCCAACACAGGGCUUCAACAUCAAAAGUGUACAGUCUCAAGGCUUCAAACUGAAUGUAUGGGACAUAGGCGGACAGAGGAAGAUCAGACCGUACUGGAGGAACUAUUUUGAAAACACUGAUAUCCUUAUCUAUGUCAUUGACAGUGCAGAUAGGAAGAGGUUUGAAGAAACAGGUCAGGAGCUGGCUGAGCUUUUGGAUGAAGAAAAGCUUAGUGGAGUCCCCGUGCUCAUAUUCGCUAACAAGCAAGAUUUGCUGACGGCUGCCCCUGCUUCGGAGAUUGCUGAGGGACUGAACCUACACACAAUCCGGGACAGAGUCUGGCAGAUCCAGUCUUGUUCGGCUCUUUCAGGAGAGGGAGUACAGGACGGCAUGAACUGGGCGUGCAAAAAUGUCAGUGCUAAGAAGAAGUAAAGCAUUCUGAGCUGCAUGGAAAUGGAGGAGCGGUGGGAGCAGAAUUCUAGCCUGAAAACACUAAUUUGCUGCUUUCUGACCAAAUGUUUUUCCAUCUGUGCACAGCUACAGCUGUUAAAAGAAAAAAAAAAAAAAAGAGAGAGGAAAAAGGGAGCAACAUCGGUUUAAACCUACUGCUGGAUUUGGAACUUGACCUGCUCUUUGGUAUAAUUUUUUUAUCCCAAUAAAGGAAUUACAUAUUUCCUCCCUA